UUGUGUCGCGCGCGACACGCCUGAAUCUUUACACAACACAUAAACAUGUAGUACACGCUUAUCAUCUCUAUACCCCUGAUGCUGUAGUCAUGGCACCGCGCGCUGCCCAUUAUGGUCCUGACUCGGGUGAGAAGGAGGAGCAGUGUCCCGUAUGCCACUCGACCCGCUACCUAAACCCCCACAUCAAGUUUCUGAUCAGCACAGAAUGCUACCACAUGAUGUGCGAGGGCUGCGUUGAGCGCCUGCUCUCGAAAGGACCCGGUCCAUGCCCAGUCGUCGGUUGCAAGGCCACAAUCCGCAGACACAGAUUUCGGGUACCUACAUUUGCAGAUCUGAAGCUGGAGAAAGAGGUGGACAUUCGGAGGGAGAUGGCGAAGACGUUCAACAGGCGGGAGGAGGACUUUGAGUCUCUACGAGACUACAACGACUACCUAGCUGAGGUAGAGGACAUGACGUUCAAUCUUGUCAACGGUAUUGACGUGGAGGAGACAUACCGGAAGAUCGAAGAGUACAGGAAAGCUCAUCUACGUGCCAUCGAACAGAACAAGGAGCUCGAGGAAGAAGGUGCGAAGGCAUUCGAAUUGGCGCAGAAGGCGGAAAGGGAAGCAGCUCGUCUGAAGCGACAGGCGGCCAUUGAGGAGCAAGAGCGGGAGCGAAAGGAACAACACGAGAUAGAGCAGGACUACUUACGCAAGCUCCAGGAGGGCGGAGAUCCGGAGCAGCUCGCACUCGAGCGCGCGGAACGACUGCAGAAUGCUGCUAAGAGGCGUAAGGAAGCCAUGGACGCGCUGGCAAACUCAGACAAGCAGAGCUCGCUGCUCAAGGGCCUGGUAAAGAAGAACAAAAAGGACGACGAACUACCGCCAAUCGAUCCGUUUGGCGGUGCACCUCACGAGGAUGGGUACUUCACUCUCUGCCCGGAUUAUCCAGGCGACCGCACAUUUUCCAAUUUCGAUCGCGAUGCGAAGUUCUACGCCGGAGGCUACGAGAAGCAAGAAUGGUACAGGUGGGCACUGCUUGAUGCAUUUGCCGGGCUAGGCGUAUCCAUUCAGGACGAAAUGGCUUCGGGCGGCGAUAUGAAUGUGGUCGUUGUGCCUGACCCUGGUACAACAGUAAUUACUUGAGACGUGUUGAAAACUUCAUGCGCGUAAACGCAAGGAACGACUUGCAGUAUCGCGGCUUGACCAGCCUAAUCACCGCGCUUAUGCGAGAUCCAAGUCCCAGCUCCACGGUCAAGAUUUCUGAAAUAUCGCGGAUCUGUGGGGAAACAAGGCUGGAUUACCAAAGCCACACUACCUUUCACCCCUCCUUACCAGUCCAUUGCGCGAUGAUACGCUAGAACUGCCUUUGGAUACCUGGCAAAAGCGUGAAAGCAUAUUGUCCGUGACGAGUUGUGUAUAUCUCUGCUUUCACCGGCUCAAAAGAAAUCGACACAUCUUCAAGACUGCUCUUUUCUGUAGAACGUCUUGAUGUCAUUCUCAAGUCUGUCUGAUACUGAUUCAUUAGAUUCACGGUUGGGGUCAGACUCAACGGUCUUCUAGCGAGGCCUAUGGCAAGGUUCAUGGUAUAAACGGUCAAAAUUUUGAAACACUAUCCAAUACAGUCAAACUUCUCUCUCCUG